UAUAUAACAAGACAGCCUAAAAAAGGAGCCAAUCCUAUUCGUUACCCACCGAGCAACCACCUCCAAACGACGCCGCAUUUCUCUUCUCCUCCUUGCACCUAGCAGAUAUUUCCUUGGCAUUGUCACUUCAGCUUCCCCAAAAAGUCCUCGCCUCCUCCCUUCACUGUUGCAGAACCACUCUAUUGAUCGCCGAUCAACUAAAGACGAAAACGCUUUUUUUUUUUUUUUUUUUCAUUAAUCGACUCUUUCAACUCAGUGACUCAUCUAAACUAAACUACGUCCGUGUUGAGGUUCAGUUCGGUGAUGUGGUCGUGAGUUGCUCUUGUCGUAGGUGUAGAAUCGGACACUGAAAAGAGAGAAAUAUGGAUCGGGCGGACCUAACAGUCGGGCCGGCUAUGGAUAUGCCGAUCAUGCACGACAGUGACCGUUACGAUUUCGUCAGAGAUAUCGGGGCGGGUAAUUUCGGAGUCGCCCGGCUUAUGAGAGAUAAGGUUACCAAAGACCUAGUUGCUGUCAAGUACAUCGAGAGAGGCGAUAAGAUAGAUGAAAAUGUUCAAAGAGAAAUUAUUAAUCAUAGGUCAUUGAGGCAUUCCAAUAUUGUUAGAUUCAAAGAGGUUAUUUUAACACCUACUCAUCUUGCCAUUGUAAUGGAAUAUGCAUCUGGAGGAGAGCUUUUUGAGAGAAUUUGUGCUGCUGGUAGAUUCAAUGAAGAUGAGGCUCGCUUCUUCUUUCAACAACUUAUAUCCGGAGUUAGUUAUUGCCACGCAAUGCAAGUAUGCCACCGUGAUUUGAAGUUGGAAAACACUUUGUUGGACGGAAGUCCAGCUCCUCGGCUUAAGAUAUGUGAUUUUGGGUACUCUAAGUCUUCAGUUCUUCAUUCGCAACCUAAAUCUACUGUUGGAACUCCUGCAUACAUUGCUCCUGAGGUGCUCCUAAGGCGAGAAUAUGAUGGCAAGAUUGCAGAUGUCUGGUCAUGUGGGGUUACCUUGUAUGUGAUGCUGGUUGGGGCAUAUCCUUUUGAGGAUCCUGAUGAGCCAAAAGAUUUUCGGAAGACCAUACAAAGAAUUCUCAGCGUCCAGUAUUCCAUUCCUGAUGUUGUCCAAAUAUCUCCAGAGUGUCGGCAUCUGAUUUCAAGGAUUUUUGUUGCAGAUCCUACAGCUAGAAUUACAAUUCCUGAAAUUAGAAAUCAUGAGUGGUUCUUGAAGAAUCUCCCUGCUGAUCUGAUGGAUGAGAACACAAUGGGUAACCACUUUGAGGAGCCUGAUCAACCUAUGCAGAGCACAGAUACGAUCAUGCAGAUAAUUGCUGAGGCCACCAUUCCGGCUGCUGUGGCAAUUGGCUUCAACCCUUACAUGGGUGGCAGUGAUGAUGAGUACAUGGAUGACCUGGAUUCUGAAUCUGAGCUCGAGGUUGAUAGCAGUGGGGAGAUAGUCUACGCAAUGUAAUACCAAGAAGACAGCUUCUCCGCAAUGGUGCAGCUGUUUUGCACAUAUCAAAUUUUGAAGACCUAGCUGCAGGGAGUUUAUGGUAAGAGUGCCUGGUAAAGUAUCGGAGAGAAAGACUGUAGGGGAAGUGCAUACUUCACAAUGCUGGUCUGAAUUGUCAUGGUCCGUUGUGUCCAUAUAUGUUCAUAGCAUGAAAGCUUUCUACAAAUCUGUGGAAGAAAUUGAUAUUUAAUUCUACUUUACAUGGGGAAUCACUGAAAAAAAAAAAAGAUUCUAUAUUGGAUGGUCAUCUCCCCAACUUCCACAUCCCGUUCCAGUUGAACUCCUGUUCAUUUGUAUUUUGGCAUUGGUCUUGUACUUUUUGCUUGGUUCUGUUUUUGCAGUUGAAUAUAUAUAAUUUAUAUUUUUA